AUGGCCUCUGCAGAUCAAGUUGUUGACAUUGAGAGCCUGAAGGACAAUCCUUCUGAACAGAAAGCGCUCUCCGAUGACGACCGUACAAGCAAGGCCUUCUUCAUUGAAGCUGCUGCCUUGCUCACGAUAUGGAGUUUGCUGGUCAUCAACGAGGGAGCUAUUCGCCUGGUUAACUCUGAUCCCGCUGGUGGCUUGGAUGGAGGUCGACCUCCAUCUCUUCUAGUCUUCUUGGCAAGUCUUGCAGAAGUUUUCUUCGGCUUGGUUGGUCUCUUCGUUGGUGUUGCUGGAUUCAUAUUCAGAUGGUACAGUACGAGUGUGACGAAGGCUUCUUUGCUCUUGCAAACUCUCCUCGGAUAUUUUGUCUUCGCCAUCUUUGUUUUCGUUGUGCCGGCAGUCAAAGCGAUCGAUUUGGAAGCACCAACGGGAGAAUUGACCCUGGGCCAAGAAAAGUUCUUGAUUGCUCUUGGUGUUUUAACAUCCUUUCAUUUUUGCCUUGCCUUGCAGGGCGGACAGUUUGUCUUCUUCGCACGUCUCAUUUGCGCAGGGACCGGGCAGAACUUCCUCAUGCAGAACACAGGUAACCGCAUGCGUGCGAUAUUCUGGAACGGGAACCUUGGCUUCGCUGGCAUCUGGACUCUGAUUACUGGUAUUCUCAUCAACGCCAAUAUCGGCGGCGGGAAACUCGAUAUGCCGUUUCAAUCUCCCCCCAAUGUUGGAAGGCUACCAGCAAUGACAAUUGUAACCGGUAUAUUGCUGAUUUUGUGGGCUGCGAUGGGGAUUUUCUUGGCUCUGUCAAGCAAGCCAGCACCAUGGAUGUACUACCUUCUUAGCGGUGUUGUAUACUUGUUUUCUUAUCUGAAUUACACCAUAGUCCAGUUUGGGGUGAUGAAAAAACCCAAUCCGAUGGGCCCCAGCCCAUUUGGGGGUCCUGUUGCGAUGCAUGGUGGAUUAGUGUACAUGGUCGUAUUCCUUGGUCCCUAUUUUGUUCAUCUGGCAUCGAAGGAGAAGAACGGACAUUCGUUGUAAGGAACAUUACGGGAGGACAAUUGUUGGCACAGCGCUCUUCUCAGCUAAUGGGCCAUUUGCAAGCAUGAUGCUCCAUAAUAUGUGCGACUCAUGUAUUCCGGCAAGGUGCGCACAUAACGUAGAGAUAGACAACCAUGGAAGGAUGGCAUAAGAGAUCAAGUGAAGUUGUAUAUAGGGAACUCUUUCUUCCAAACAAAACCAUUCGUUAAUAUCAUAUUAAAAGGUUUCCCAUUCAUCAUGAAA